GACCCUUGUCACACACAGCUAGUCACAACAGUCAGGACUUCAAAGGCAGCCAGUCAGCCCGGGGCUAUUGGUGAGAAGUGUGAGUGACAAGAAGACAGACAGAGGAACAAUGAGAGGAGCUAAGAGCGUGAUAUAACAGGGGAGAGGGCAGUAGAUGGAGACAAAGUUUGGAGGCAGAAUAAAGAGAAAUUGACAUCAGUGCAGCAAGAGACAGAGUUUAUAAAAGCUGUAGAGGAGAGGAAGACAAAAAAUAAGAUAAAGAGAAAGCAGAAACAAGGAGACGUCCCUGGACAGAACGUUUUUCUCCUCUUCGGAGUAUGGUGGCAGAGUGCACAUGGAUUUAGUCGACCUCUACCUCCCAGAGUGUUUCACCUACCACUCUGACACAGAACAUCUGGGCAGGAUGUCAGUGAGGGGCUUGGACCCCAACUGUCCCUCCUCUAUAAAGCGUGAGCCCUCCAGCCCCAGCCCCAGCUCCCAGGGAGACGUCAGCCCGGCCCAGCCCAGCCCUGGAAGCUCUUCCUCGGACACAAACUCCAGCUACGGGCCCCUGACAAAGGGCCACGGUCACAGCAAUGGGCUUGACUCACCAAGUCUUUAUGGUCACACUGUGGGUUUGGCCAACAAUGGAGGAACAAACAGGAGGUUUGGUGAGGAUGAAGGCCAAGUGAAGUGUGAGUUCAUGCUGGGUUCAGUGGCCAAGCGGCUGUGUCUGGUGUGCGGUGAUGUGGCCUCAGGUUACCACUACGGCGUGGCCUCCUGUGAAGCCUGCAAGGCCUUCUUCAAGAGGACCAUCCAGGGUAACAUUGAAUACAGCUGCCCAGCGUCCAACGAAUGUGAAAUCACCAAGAGAAGAAGGAAAUCCUGCCAGGCCUGUCGAUUUGUGAAAUGUCUGGCCGUGGGCAUGUUGAGAGAAGGUGUCCGACUGGACCGGGUCCGAGGCGGCAGACAGAAGUACAAGAGGAGAAUAGAUGCUGAGAACAGCCCCUAUCUGAACCCACAGAACGCCUUGCCCCAGAAAAAGACAUUCUCUGUUGGUGGUGUGGUGGAGAACAAAGUAGUGUCUCUGCUGCUGGUGGCCGAGCCCGAGGGCAUCUUCGCCAUGCCCGACCCCACCGUACCUGAGAGCGACAUCAAGGCUCUGACCACUCUGUGCGACCUGGCUGACAGAGAGCUGGUGGUCAACAUCGGCUGGGCCAAACACAUCCCAGGCUUUCCCUCCCUCUCCCUGGCAGACCAGAUGAGUCUACUGCAGAGCGGCUGGAUGGAGAUUUUGAUCCUACGAGUGGUGUUCCGCUCGCUGGCCUUUGAGGACAAGCUGGUAUACGCCGAGGACUACAUCAUGGACGAGGAGCAGUCGAAGCUGGCGGGGCUGCUCGACCUCAACAACGCCAUCCUCCAGCUGGUGAAGAAGUACAAAACCAUGGGGCUGGACAAGGAGGAGUUUGUGGUCCUCAAGGCCAUUGCACUGGCAAACUCAGACUCCAUGCAAAUCGAGGACUCAGAGGCAGUUCAGAGACUCCAGGACGUCCUUCAUGGGGCCCUCCAGGACUACGAGGCCACCCACCACCCAGAGGACCCGCGGCGGGCUGGCAAACUGAUCAUGACCCUCCCUCUCCUCCGUCAGACAGCUGCCCGCGCUGUCCAGCACUUCUGCAGCAUCAAACAGGACGGCCGUGUGCCCAUGCACAAACUGUUCCUCGAACUGCUGGAGGCCAAAGCCUGACCUGAACACUGACGGUGAUUAGCUUCAUCCUGAUCUCCAGCACAGAGGUUAGGACAAGAGGAAGUGAAGGAUAACGGGUAAUGGUGAGGUAUGACACCGUGUAUUUGUCCAUUUCAGCUUGCGUUUGAAAGUAAAGUUUUGAAUUUGCAGUCGCCGGGAAGCAGCUGGAAUACUUUUUUUAAAGCCACACCCCUUCUACUUCCAAUGAAUGUUUGGAAGAAGCAGUCAAAUUUGCAUUUAGUGUCCUGACGCCAUGGACGUUGUCGUCUUUUAAUGUUUGUGACACUAAUUUAAGUGUGUUGACACGCUUCAAAGGCUGAAGACAGAUGACCAGACAGUGUAAAAGCAGAAGAAAUCGCCUUCUAGAGAUAUUUACAGUUACAUGCCAAAAGUAGAGCUUCUUUUCUCAAAAGACCACCUGAUACUUGAAGAUCCUUGUGGAUUAUUUCAUCCAUCUUGAAGCCUGUUAAUCUGCAUUCUAGUGCAUUUAGAGAGCCUUUUAAUGAUCUGAUUUUUAUUUGUCCUUUUUGUAUAGAAAAGGUAAAUUUGUCCUAAGAGGUACAGUAAGUCUUGCCAAAGAGUAAAGACUCAUACUAUUGAAUAAUACCAGCAAACGUCCACAACAUUAUUAUGUGGCCUGUAAGACAUUCACAUAACCUGCAUCCCUGCUCUGUUGUCUAUCGCAAAAAUAUCUAUGUAGUCACUACAUUCACAUAUAGGUGAUUAAAGGGAAGCGAUUAAGUGAUCAGCAUCUCAUGAAACAAUAACCGGCCUCCUGAGUUUAGUAGAAAAUUUUCAGGGAAAGAAUACUUAACAUGUCGUGAUACAACUGUACAACAGCAAAGUGAUAUUUAUUUAAAAGUGGCUCUGUUCUUUUGCUAUUUUUUAUUUACUAACGUGGCAUUAAUGAAGAGUAGAUUAAAGCAAUUACAGUGGAUAAUAAUUUUUUAAAGAUUUUUAAAUGAGUCAGUGUAAGAUAAUUUUUUUACUAGCUUCUCUGCUCAAGCACUGAUACCUACGUGUACCGUAUCAUGAAAUUCAAGACAACUAUGAUUAUAAGUGGAGUCUGUACUUGAAGAUCAUAAUGUCAUAGAGACGUGUAGACCCAUAGAUAUAACUUUAACUAUGUGAAAUGGCUGCCAUACUGUAUAAUCUGGAUUAGGGAGGCGCUUGAUGUCCUUUCUAUGGUAGAAAUCUAUGUGUAGGAUGAAAUUUGUGCACUACUUUUGCUUUUAGCCAUAAAGUUUGGGGAAACUGUUGAUGGCACUCUGUUAAUCUUGUGUGUUUUGUGUGAAGAGUAGUUCUGUCUGAAAUUUGUCUUUUCUUUUUCUGCACGUUAAAUGAAGGGAUUAAACUUGGAAGGAAACAAAAAGCUGUGCUCUUUAUUUUAGUUUUUCUCUUCUUAAUGCAAGGUACUGUGACACUAUAAUGUGUGUAUUUCUGUGACAAGAUGACGGCAGCAAUAUGACAGCUUAAAUGUAUGUUCUGUACAUUUUGCUGUACAUACGUCAUGUCUUAUUCCAACAGAGAAGUUCAAAGAUGCAAAUAAGCUUUGUUUGGAUGAGCUGUGCCGUGCUAUUUCAUUCUCAGGUGGAUUCUUGGGCAAUAAAGAUGAUCCCCCAUGAUGCAA